CGCUGCUGGCCUGCUCCCGCUCGGCUGAACAAACGGCUCAGGGAACGCAGAGGGCUAUGCAGCCACCGCAGCCGCAGCCGGAGCCCGCCAGCCGGCGGGCAUCCUCCACGUGCUCCACCGCGCCGAGGCGGCGGAGCAGCGGCGGCAUCGGGUGCAUGGCGGGCCUCCUCCGCCUCAUCUCCCCGUACCACCGCAGCCACCACCGGAAGCGCCUCACCGCCAAGAACAACGCAGCAGCGCGGGACUCCCCCCAAGCACUGCCAAUAACCCCGUCGUCCUCGCCGCCCAGAAAGAAGGCGGCGGCCCAGGCCCACCAGACUUCAGCAGCUUCGCCCGCGACUGCUUCUCCGGUGAAGCCGAUGAAGCAGCAGCUGCUGACGACGACCGCGGUAACGGUUCGGCGGCGGCGCUCCUGCGACGCGCCGCGGAGCCCGACGAUCGCGCCGGAGCACCGGCGCUCCAGCUGCGACAGCCCCCGGCCGCCACCGCCGGCCAUCAUCGCGCGCCUCAUGGGCCUGGAGGAGUCCGCGCCGCCCUCGCCCGCCGCAGCAGCAGCGGCGCCGCGGCCAGUCGUCCUCCCGACCCGUCCACCUCCGCCUCCACCGGCACCGGCGGCGCCGGAGACGGCCGCGGAGAAGCGGCGGAAGCUGCUGGGCGCGCUGGAGAAGUGCGACGAGGACCUCAAGACGCUUCGCCGGAUCAUCGCUGCCGUCCGCGCCGCCGAGAUGCGCGCGGCCUCCGCGUCCGACGUCUGCCCGGUGGCAGCGACGACGACGACGACACCUGCAGGCAAGGGCGCCAAGAGUACGUUCGGCCGCGACGACGAACAGUCGCCGUCCCCGUCGCCGCCGACGCCACAGCAGCAGCACAAGGUGGUGCGCGCCGGGGAGCAGCAGUACCCCAGCCCGGACUCGGUGCUGGACGCCAUCAGCUCCCCGAGGUUCCCAUGCAGGAAGCGGCCGUCUCCCUGCACGGAUCUCGAUGUGGGGGGCAAGGGCGGUUGCGGUAACGGCGCCUUGGCCCCCACCGUCGGAUCGAAGAUCGUCAAGCCCUCCCGAACACUUGUUUUCUCCGGUGGAUACUGCAAGACCAAAUCAGACGGUGAUGAGCUGCCACUGCACGCCGUCCAUUACCCGGUGCCGCUGGUGGUGGGCAUGCCGCCGAGGUCUGCAGGGGCGGAAAGCUGGCGGCACCACCGGCGGCGGUGGGAGCAGGAGGCCGCGGCGGCGGGGCGGGUGAUCAGCCGCGCGACGGCGGAGAGCGUGGGGGAGGCAAUAAUGUGGGUGCGGCAGCAGCAGGGCCAGCUGGGCGGCGCGGGCGACGACGAGCGCGGCAGGGUCGCGGCCGCGCUGGAGCGUGCCAUCGUGCACGACCUGGUGGCCGACCUGGUUGCCGAGCUGCUGCAGGCGCAGUCCGGCGGGCACGGGGCCGGGUCCGGGUGCAGGAAGAGAUUGUGCUUCUGAAUUUCUGAUCAAUCGCGGGCCGGGACUUUCGCGUCAUUUUCUUGGGUCCUUGUUUUUGUCGCGUGCGUCGCAUGUGCUUGAAUUUGUUGGCAGGUCAAGGUCUGAGGCUCUGACUGAGCUGUGCUGUGUACGAGAGGAAAUAACUGCCUCUGCUGCCCGCUGCGGCGGCUGCGGCUGCAGCUGCGCCAUGGGUGUCAGUCGCUACAGCUCGCCUGGGUAGCUAGCUACCCCCACCUGAUAAAAGAGACCGGUGAAUGCCGAUCGUGGUUGUAUUAAAAGAACGGAUUCGCCGCGGCGUUCAGUUGUAGGUGGAGUAAUCAAUAUCAAAGUGAUGAUGAGAAGCUGCUGCCAAGUACGCAGGCGGGCUCACUUCGAUCA